CGGCGGCGCCGCGGCGGCGCUGGGGGCCGCGCUCAGUGCCAGCAAGACCAAGACCAAGAAGAAGCACUUCGUGUGCCAGAAGGUGAAGCUGUUCCGGGCCUCUGAGCCGCUGCUCAGCGUCCUCAUGUGGGGCGCCAACCACACGAUCAAUGAGUUAAGCAAUGUUCCUGUCCCUGUGAUGCUAAUGCCAGAUGACUUUAAAGCCUACAGUAAGAUUAAGGUGGACAAUCAUCUGUUCAACAAGGAAAACCUGCCAAGUCGCUUCAAAUUUAAGGAGUACUGCCCACUGGUGUUCCGAAAUCUCCGGGAAAGAUUUGGGAUUGAUGAUCAAGAUUACCAGAACUCUGUAACCCGAAGUGCCCCCGUGAACAGUGACAGCCAAGGUCGCUGUGGGGCCCGUUUCCUCACCACCUAUGACAGGAGGUUUGUCAUCAAGGCAGUGUCAAGUGAAGAUGUAGCCGAGAUGCACAACAUCUUGAAGAAGUACCAUCAGUUCAUAGUGGAAUGCCAUGGAAACACACUUCUUCCCCAGUUUCUUGGCAUGUACCGCCUUACUGUGGAUGGCGUGGAAACCUAUAUGGUUGUCACACGGAAUGUAUUUAGUCACAGGCUGACCGUGCAUCGGAAGUAUGACCUGAAGGGCUCAACAGUGUCCAGGGAAGCAAGUGAUAAAGAAAAGGCCAAGGAUUUGCCAACGUUCAAAGACAAUGACUUCUUGAAUGAAGGUCAGAAGCUCCAUGUCGGAGAGGAGAGUAAAAAGAACUUCUUGGAAAAGCUAAGGCGGGACGUGGAGUUUUUAGCUCAGCUAAAGAUCAUGGACUACAGCCUGCUGGUAGGUAUUCAUGAUGUUGACCGGGCAGAGCAGGAAGAGAUGGAAGUAGAGGAUCGAGCUGAGGAUGAGGAGUGUGAGAACGAUGGCAUUGGUGGGAAUCCCAUUUCUUCCUACGGGACCCCUCCGGACAGCCCAGGAAACCUCCUCAACUACCCACGGUUCUUCGGGCCUGGGGAAUUUGACCCUUCUGUUGAUGUGUACGCCAUGAAAAGCCACGAAAGUGCCCCCAAGAAGGAGGUGUAUUUCAUGGCCAUUAUAGACAUUCUCACGCCAUAUGAUGCAAAGAAGAAAGCUGCACAUGCUGCCAAAACAGUAAAACACGGGGCUGGGGCAGAGAUCUCUACAGUGAACCCAGAACAGUACUCUAAACGCUUCAAUGAAUUUAUGUCCAAUAUCCUGACAUAGUCAUCUUCAACCUUCAGUGAGACGGAAAGAGAAGAGGGCUACUCCUAAAAACAGAGAAUGCAGCCUGUGACACUAAAACAGACACUGUAGCAGCAUGUGGGGGGGGUGUGCGCCUGUGCGUGAGAUCGUGUAUGAUUUAAAAGGAAACUAAUUUUAGGUUCAUUCUUCAAUAAUCCGCUUGAACCAAGUGGAAGAGCAUUUUUUUCAUUGUUACAAAUGUGCCCAGACAUAGACUUGAGGGCUUAAAAAAAAAAGUAUCAUUGCUUCACCACUGCUAUGUAUAAACAAGACUUUCUCCUCUCUGAUCAAGAGAAGCCAGUAGGGGUACUAUCCUUGGCGCUAUUUAUAUGGAGUCAAACAUUAGCUUGAGUUAAAUCCAAAGUGACACAAUACCUAAUUCCACAAACUGCUGUUCUUUUUAUUGGACUGCCUUUAACAGAAAGCUGUACAAGACCCUUUUACUUCUCUCUCAGUAGGAAUUGGAAAGAAAAUAGUUCACCAUGUCAAGGAUGAAACUGUUACUCUGAGCUGCUGAACUUUUAACUAGGUAAAAUCAGACUAGGACAU